UUUCGCUCUCUCCCUGAAAAUUACAAUGUUUACAGUGUGUGCGAUACGCGCGUAAAUUAUCGUAUGCACAGUUGAACGCUUCGCUGGAUUUGUGCUUUUUUUAUCCGAAUGCAACGCGAGCUUAUUUUUUUAUCUCGACGCAACGAUGUUAAUUAAACAAAAAUCCGUGAACGAGUAUCGUAAUAAUAAAUAAAGCAGAAUCAAAGAGAGACGAGAUUCUGGUGCGAGCGAACGCGAUCGGUCGAAUGUCGGGCCAGGGCACAGAGAAUUCAACAGCGGGCCUUUCGCCGGCCGAAAAGUGUUAUCUGUCCUACGAGGUGACGAGCCCCAACGAGGAGGCGGCAUUGCACUGCCCGCCUCAGUGGGACAGUCUGUUGUGCUGGCCGAGGACUCGAGCGGCUACUCUGGUCGUUCAGGCUUGCUUCGACGAGCUUCACGGCAUCAAGUACGACACAAAUCAGGAAGCGAGCAGAUGGUGCCUCGAGGACGGCAGCUGGGAAAGCUACUCGAACUACUCGCGCUGCCGCGAGCUGAAGCUCGUCUCGCCCGAGGCCGAGGACGGCGUCGAGAUCACCACCCAGCUCUACCUGGUCGGCUACAGUCUGAGCUUCGUCACGCUGCUGGUCGCCGUCAGCAUCUAUCUGUACUAUCGGGAGCUGCGCUGCCUGCGCAACGUCAUACACACCCACCUCAUGUUCACGUACAUACUGGCCGACCUGCUCUGGAUACUCAACACAGUCUCGCAGAUCUCGCUGUCGGCCAAUCAGCCUCUCUGCGUCCUCUUCUACUCGCUCUAUCACUACUUCCAGCUGACCAACUUCUUCUGGAUGUUCGUCGAAGGCCUCUAUCUGCACCUGCUGGUGGUCAAGACCUUUUCCGGGGACACGCUCAAGCUCAACGUCUGCCUGCUCAUCGGCUGGGCAGUGCCCUUCGUCGUCGUGCUGAUCUGGGCGACGGCCAAGACCUGGGCCGGCCAGCGCCUCCUUACCGACGGUAUCCAGGAAGCCGCCCUAUCGCGACACUGCUCCUGGAUGAUACCGCAUCCGCUCUUGGACUGGAUCUACGAAGUUCCGGCCGUCUCCGUCCUCGGGGCUAACGUAAUCUUCCUCUUUAUGAUCAUGUGGGUACUCAUCACGAAGCUGCGCUCGGCCAACAACGCCGAGACCCAGCAGUACCGGAAAGCCGCCAAAGCCCUGCUGGUGCUGAUCCCGCUGCUGGGCGUCACCUACAUACUCGUGCUGGCCGGGCCGACCGAGGGCCAAGCCGCCAACAUGUUCACCUACGCCCGGGCCGUGCUGCUCUCCUCCCAGGGAUUCCUCGUGGCGCUCUUUUACUGCUUCACGAACAACGAGGUGCGCACCGCUUUGAGGAAUCAUUACGAGCGCUGGUUCGACGCUCGCAGCAUCGGCAGCGACGCCAUCGCCAGAUCCAAGCGUCACCGCAGCCGAUCGCGUAGCUGCGAGAGCACCAGACUUCAACGCGAUAAGCCAGCAACAGGAGGAGCAGAGGGAGCGGAUCCUCGUCAUGAGCCAGCAGCGGUCAAAGGGCAAGAUUACGCCGACGCCAAACAACCUGUUUUAGUCGUGCAAAAACUCGUCACCGACGACUCUCGCCACUUUAUUAAUAGCUCUAGCUUUUUUACGGCCAAGAAUAAUAACGGCCUAUGUCUGCUCGACAAGUCCAAGAAUCGGCACAUUUGACAGGACGUCACCGCUGCUGCUGCCCCUGAUAACGACGUGGACCGGAGCGAGCAAGUGCUGUGACUCGAUGUUUUAUAAAUAGAAUCAGUGCGGCUCGAGGAAACAAAGAAAAAAACGUUAUUAUUAUCAUUGCCGAAUGGACUAUUCGCUAUGAAUCUACAGGCAUGGAUUCAAGUCUUACGUGUAAGACAUUCAAUCUAAAUCAAGUUUUACGUAUUCUCAACGAUCGAUUAACUUGUAUAUUGUUGAUAUUUGUAUAUGUAUCAAAUUUAUGUAUGUUGCUAGAAGAAAAAAGAAUCAUGUUUUAAUCUUGAAAUUGAUUUAUUUUCAAGUUAAAUUUUUUAUAAUGACAACUGAAACUUGGGUCUAUACAACAGUACAAAUUGUUUAGGACUUUAAUUUUACAAUAUAUGUUUUAAAAUUUUCAAAUUGUUCAUCACAUUACCUAAUACGUAGUUGAUGAUUCAAAAAUCUACAAAAUUUUUUAUAAUAUGCAUCGCCAGUACAACUGAGCUUUAUUCAAUUUAAAAGGUAUUAAUUUUGAUAAUUAUCUUUAAUUAUUUCAUUAUUAUGAAUGUCAUUAUUGAAUCUGUAGAAAUGAAUUCUAAAAAAAGUUAUUUUUAAAAAAAACGUAUUGUAGAUACUUUUUUUUU